GCUUCUCUGCGUCCGCAGCAUCGUCCUGGUACUAGAUGGAUGCGAGGUCUAUGUUACGUUACGUGGAGGCACCACCACAUGAGGGAGAGCUGCACGGUCGGUUGCUACAGGGAGAGACAGAGAGAUCAGCUGCGCUGUGCUGGUGUUGCGAGAGAAGAGGGCCUGCCACCAUUAAAGAAAGGAAGGAGGAGGAGGAGACGGCCAGUCGUGGCCCCCCUCGACGCGGCGGCCACGAUCGAGCAGCGCGGGGGUCCAAACCGAGUCGUUUUCUCCCUCCAACCUCCACAGGAUCCGCGGCAAAAUUCCUUCUUCUUUCUUGUCUUCGUACAAGGCGAUGCUGCGGCCGCAGCAGCCCACCAGCCGCUCUCCGGUCGCGUGUUUCUCCGCUUGGUCCUGUUCCUAGCUGGUGCCUGCCUGCGCGCGGCAAUGCCAGCGUCGCCGUCCUCUCGGUGGUCCCCGGAGAUCACCAGCGUCUGCUCUGGCUCCGAGUCCGAGCCCGAGGAGCCGUCGCCUGUGAUCGGCGGUGGCGGGUUCGUGGUGCAGCUGGUGUCGAGGGACGUCUCGGACGGGCUCCUCGGCAAGUUCGCGGACACCAGCGAGUUCGACUUCGACUACGGGAGGAGCGGGCUCUGGUCGCCGCUGGUGCUGCGGCCCGAGCUCCUGCUCCUCGCGCAGUCGUCGGCGUCCUCCUCGGCCCGGCGCCGGCAGCGGCGGUGGCGGUGGCGGAAGCGGAGGAAGAUGCUCUGCCGCUGCUUCUCAUAAUAUGAUGUGAUUGACAUUCGCUGUGGAAUUCGGAUGCUUCUUCUGAGAAGGAACUGCUCCUCAUGGUGGUUUGCUCUGCAGACUGCUGUACAUACGAUGAUCAAAGACCAACCAGUAGCAAGAGGGCGUGCAAGUACGUGGUUACAGUACAGCACACUGCUUCGUGGUUGGUGAUGAUCCCGAGAAGCACUCCGGUGCGCUGUAAUUGCUACAGGAUUUUCUCAUGAUUGUACUGCUGUGGUUGGUAAUGUUCCAUGCGAUGUUUGUUCAUGUGAAGUAUCUACUCAAAUCCAUGGGCCAUGGCCGUGUUGUGGUUUAUUUGUACAGGUGGAGGAAAGUUUUCAUCUUUGAAUAGAGCCGAAAGGAAUAUUGCACGGUAGGUAUGUCCUGGCGUGUUUAUUAUGAAGGGAGGUUACUGAAAGCA